ACGCUAUGAGGGCUACCUUCACCGUGCUGACUGUCGUCGUCUCGAUGCUUCUCACUGCUGCCAAGGAUGAUGGAGAUGAAGCAAUCCAAAAGGAAGGAAGCAAUGCGAUGAGCAGCACCGCUAAACCUGAGACCAUAACAUACCGAAUGACUGUACUAGACAGCUUACACAAUGACACCGAACUCUACAACACGACAUCCGGCAGUGUCAUAAUCGUGGGACGUAACGCGAGGCAGCGCUCCAAGUUCCUUGAGCGAGAUCCGACUUUCACGAAUGCCGAGUCAAGAACCUCCAGUUUUCGCAAGUCGAAAAUCCUCGACAUUCAUGGCGACCCGGCCACGAGUGGCCGCAACGGCCGUUUCUCCGACCCAGAACCUGAAUCUCGAAUUGUGAAUGAUCCUGAAAGUUAUUUUCCCAUCAAGGGCUUCAUCCCAAUUAUAGGAGUACCUGAAAUGAAGCCCGAUAGUUUUCAGCGCGGUUCCCAACAACUUGUGCGCAAUGAGUUUUCAUCGGCUGGGCCGAAGCGAAGUGGUCCUAUCCCACCUGGAGACACAAUACCUCCUUCCGCUUACACCGUGCUGAAGCCGCCGAAGUCCUCCAAUGGCCUCCCACCAAUUGUGCGGCCCGAUUGGGUUAAGAAAGAACAAAAUGCCGGUGCAGUUAACUUUCGCCCCAUAAAGCACAUGGACGAAGGACGCGGACCAUUCGGCAACGCUGUGGGGCCGACGUACGUGGCUGGUCCGGACGUGGGGUACCCAGUGUCGGAGUGCGUGUGCGUGCCCUUCUACCUCUGCAAAGAGGGCUCCUUGGUGAGCCCCCGGCUGGACCAUCAGAGCAAGCCGGGUGCUCCUGUCGGUCUGCUCAUACCGAUCGACGAGCGCAGCAACGACAGGGAUGAUGCGCACAAUUCCAGUGCUAUUGAGUCACGAGUGAGGAGGGACGCUGCAAACCAGAGCGAAGUUGCUUCGGUGCCUGCCUACGCGACGGAAAUCAUGCAGCGCAUGCUGAGCGGGCCCAGCUUCAGCCAGUGUGGCGUUCUGCGCACGUGCUGCAACGUGAUGGCACCACCAGUGAACCGUGGCGGCCCAAUGUUUCAGCCAGAGAGUCCUCUGCAGACGAACAUCAUGGCCCAGCUCUUCCCGAAGAAAGCUACCUUCGCAUCACAACACAGGAUGCCGGCACCAAACUUGCCCUUACCAUUUCGCAAGCCAGUGCGACGUCCCCCGGUGCCCAUCGAUGCCAGUUUGCCAUUUCCUGCACCCUCGGUAGGGAUGCUGGGGCCGAUGCUACCGCCCCAACAGCCGGAGGCUUCCAUCGCGAUGUGCGGAGCCCGCAAUGCGUUCGGCAUCCACGGCCGUGUCAAGAACCUCCACUACCCUGAGAGCGGUGCAGACUUCGCCGAGUUCCCCUGGCAUGUGGGCAUCAUGAAAAAAUUGGCACCACAGGAGAGCCUAUACGUCUGCGGUGGAACACUGAUCGCUAGCCAAUGGGUUGCCACGGCGGCUCAUUGUCUUAAGAACCUCCGUCCGCAGGACAUCAAGAUCAGGCUCGGAGAGUGGGACGUGAACCGUGAGGACGAGUUCUACGCUCACGUCGAGAAGCAGGUGGCGCAGGUGGUCGUGCACCCAGAGUUCUUUCCGGGCAACCUGAACAAUGACCUGGCACUCAUCCGCCUCGAUUCUCCGGUCGACCUGAACCUGCCCCACAUUGGAGCUGCCUGCCUGCCGGGGCUCCGCGAGACCUUCGAAGGUCACCGCUGCUGGGUCACUGGCUGGGGCAAGGACGCAUUCGGCCAGCAGGGCGAGUACCAGCACAUACUGAAAAAGGUGGACGUACCCGUCGUGAGCCACGAUGAUUGCCAGCAGCGACUACGUAGGACGCGCCUCGGGCCCUACUACCAACUUCACCCCGGCUUUGUCUGCGCUGGUGGGGAGCCUGGGAAGGAUGCCUGCACGGGUGACGGAGGCAGUCCACUGGUGUGCGAGUACAACGGUCUGUGGAAGGCCGUCGGACUUGUCUCUUGGGGCAUUGGAUGCGGACAGGCUGGCGUGCCGGGAGUGUAUGUCAACCUGGCGCAAUACCGCGACUGGAUAGACAGCGUCAUCACCGGGCUCCAAUAAGGACGCACCAGUGAUUCGCUCGGAGCUGCCGUCCACGCAACCCUAGCGUGGAAGAUUUGGCCGUGUGCCAAGUGUUCCGAGCGUCUUGAGUUCCUGAAAGGCGACAAAUCAUUUUCGGGCAUCAAGAAACCUACAAUAUGCGUAGAGCUGGAAGCCGUGUUGCUGGUCCAGACAACCAUGCAGUACUGUCGCGUAUGGAUAGAAAUCACAAAUGUGACAUUAUGGCAAUCUUAUAUCGCGUCACAUCACAUAAUAAAUACUGUUGAUCACGCGUUGGUAAAGGCACAAGUAGAAUAUGUCACGUGCGGCGUAUUCGCACUGCCAUGGUGGCCGCGUGAAUAAGCAUGGUAUCUAAAUGCAGAGUCAGUUUUAGAAAUUGUAAGUCAUUUCUAAAGCACUUAGAUAAGCAAGAUGAAGGAUGUAAGAAAGCAGCCUCCAAUUGUGACGAAUGCUUAAGCCGCUUUUACAAACUUAUUUGUGGCUGAGACGACCAUCAAGCGAUUGCGAACAUACAAUUGGAAACAACGGGAACAUGGUGGCAUCCUAUUCAUAUUUGUUGCUGUUUUUCUGUACUGAUUAGUGCGUUGAUAUGCUUUCCUUCCCAAAGAUUGAGCCAUAAUCUAAACUUGUGAGCCCCAAAAAUUUGUUUACUUAGGCUUGACAGAAUAAUCGCAGAAUAAUCGACGUUAGGUAUUUUCUCCGCAGUGGGCCAUAACCAAUUGCACAUUUCAUGGACAAACAUUUGCCAAAGAAAAGCUGUAUCUAAGCAUGAGACUUUGUUGAGGGCGUGCAGGUAACAUUCUACGACAACAUGUUUGCAGUGGUCUCUUAUCGGAAUCACAUAUGCAAGCACUAGUAAGUAGGAAGUGCAUAGACAUUUUUAAUAAAUUUUCAAUUCAAUAUUACCGCAUUUACACGUCAUACUAAGCAACGAUGAUGGCGAAUAAAGCUGCAUGAGAGAAGCUCGAUGCCAACUACCCGUUAAACACUAGCAAGAUAAGUUCAUCUCAUUCUAUUGUAGUACCAUUGAAAAAAGAAAUGCAUACAGCAAAACAAAAUUUAAAAAACGAUAAUUCAGCAAUUUCAAAGGGCAGGGCAAAUAUUUUUAAACAUCUUAAAAAAGGCUACAUUCGCGAUAACAGUUUUAUUGCUGUGUUUCAAGGAGCAAAAGAUAUCCUUCGAUGUAUUUUAUACCUACUUAGUUUAAGGGUACACAUGAAAUUGUUCCAAAAGCACAGUUUGUUCGUGCGAGCGCAAAUACGCAAUGUCCAGUGUCCAAAAAAUCGGCUGAUUUUUAAGUUCACCAUGUUCUAGAUAUAAGUGAAUCUCUUGUUUCGAGUUUGAAAACAAAAAAACAUAUAAGCUCAUACUCAUACAGGUGGUCAAAUCGGGUAUUUUUUACAUGAAUAGAUCGUAUAUUUUUCUGUUGCAGGCUAAGCCGACGAUAGCCCGUAAGGCUCGUUCGUUCUGUGUUAGGAAGGCAACUAAUGAGCUUGCUGUACUCCUUGACUAAACAAGGCAAAAAAAGCACAGAUGCGAAGGAAAGAAUGCACUACAAACCAUCAAUUUACGUGCUAUUGGUCGCAAUCUGUAGCAUCUGCAGAGCAUAGAAAAAACUUCGCUGACUUCGUGUUUAAAGCAUUCUAUACUGUGGUCUCAUGCCAUCAAAUCAUUAAAAGGAUAACAUUCAAUGUUUUAGUUUACCAUUGUUUUCAUUCUGUUCUCGAUCUCAUGGCUGAUAUUCCCAUGGUAUACCAAGAGCAGUCAGUUGUCCUGGAAUCAGUUUUUAUUGUAGAAUAUGUGCACUAUUUAUUAAAGAAUGUUUGCCAAUAAAAUGUAUACUUCCUGAUUAGGGAAUCUGUAGCUUCACAGCUUAAUGGUUUUGCGUCUUUGUGGUGUUGUCCACCGCACAGGAGUUGAACGAAUCGCAUUCAUUCAUUUAUUCGCUCGUUCGUUCAUUUGUUCACAUUUCAUUUUUUUCGUCGUCAGAAAGGAACGAAUAUGACUGAAACCACUACUGCGACAUACCAAAUGUCCUAAAUGAAUGCUUCAGCCAUUGAGUGUUUUAUUUCCCCACAACAGACAAAAAAUCAGAAGCAUAAGCUGCAAUCUAUUAUGAGCCGUUUCAUCUCCAAUGAUAUAUUUAGUGAAGUCGCGAACUUCAGUGCACGUAGCUAAUUCGCAGACUCAUAAAAGGCUACAAACGAGCAUGGUGAGCAACGUCACAAGGAAGCCGUGGCCGCAAUACCUCGGUAAUACAGAUACGAGGUUUUACGCACGUGAAGAUUGUACACAUGCAUCUAUAUUUCUCUGAAUUCACUAUUGUGUGACUUGGAAAAUCGUGUUUAUGUCGCUUUCUAUUGCAAUUUUGAAGGUAAGUACUCAUGAACAGUAGAAACCAGCAGAUCUUUCUUCCCAUUAUGCCAGACAAAUUAAAGGCACCAUGUUUUUUGAAAUAUUUUCUUGCAUGAUGUUAUCCUCACUUUCGGGCGAUGUCUACAUUGGUGCGUUGAAGAAUGUUCUCAAGUACACUUUCCAAUGAAAUGUGAUGUUCAAGUGACGUGGCGUAUGCGGUUUGCGAAUGUAUGCAGCUAAUCACACUGACAGUGGCUCCUGUCAGCUGGGCGUUAAAUAAAGUGCAUUGUAGGCUUCACAAAAA